AUGUCCAUCCCACCCUUCAACCCUACGACCGUCCCCUUCCACUCAUCCUUCCUCAGCUCAGGGACCACCAUCGAUCUGCCCUCCGUCGCCGGGGCCUCCCCCUUCUCACCAUUCACUGCCAUCCCAUCACCCGAUCUCACCGUGAACAAGCAUUCUCGAAGCCAUUUUCCACCUCCCUCUUCUUCUUCCCCAUCUACAGCCUCAUCCCGCCCUCAAUCUCAACCUCAACCUCUCACCACUCCCCUCCCGAUCCUUCCCGCUCUGGAAGGUUCCCUCAACUCCAAUACGCCAUCUCCCGAAUCACCAUCCCUCCCCACUCCCGGUACCAAUCCUCGUGCUCUCCCCUGGACGGGAAUCAUCUCUGGGUCCACCAUCGCUUCGCGAAUGGCCAGUGUAGAGCCUCCUUCAUCCAUCGCUCCUCGAUCCACUCGUCCCGAAUACAGCUUCGGACCUCCUCUCGUCCCUCGAUAUUCGACCUCAGAUCAGACCGGACCAAGAUCACUUGGUAAUGAGAAUCACCUCGUCACGAGUCGAGAAAAUGAGAGGCGCCAGAGCUACAGCUGGCAAAGCUCUGGGCCUAGGGAAGGUCUAGCAGCAUUCAUCGGCUCGACGGUCAAUCGACACCCCCCUUCACUAUCCAACAGACCAGCGCUCGGCGAUCUCAACCUAAAUCUUGGUCCUACGGCGACCCCAUCACUCGGACUCGCCUCGCCUUUCGUGCCCGCCGAUCCUGGUGGCGUGUGGGGACCACCUCCUCCUUCAAUGGUGUCCCAAGUGGCCGCACAGACUGUCAGCGUGGAGGAGCGCCUCGCUCAAGCAGAGGAGAAGAUACGCAGCCUCACUCUCGAGAACCAGCAGCUCAGAGGUUCUCGUCAGAUUCAGCCUCACUCGAAUCUGAGCCCACAAACUUCUCUCUCUCCCACGCUCUAUUCCUCUUCUUUCGCCGACUCCGUCACUCAGCCAGGCUAUGGUACUUAUGCUCCUCCUCGCAUGCGCCAAGAUGAUUUUGAAUCUUUCGGCACAAGAAGCACAUUUGGUGCUGACAGGUCUGACCCUUCGAUGGAUUCCGUGCCCAGCAUGGCCUUGGUCAACAGCGUCUUGCAAGGCACUUUUGAUUACUCCCAAAUGCACCAUGCUUACAUUCGACCGAUCGUUUGGGUGGUAGCUCAUCGACAGCCGCGCAACAAUUCUGAGAGCGGCGGAUUGAAAGCUGCCGUGAAUGCCCUAGCGACCCGCCUGACCCUACCGCGAGAGUCUGAAGCCGUGAUCGUGCUCAUUGAUGCCAUCUUGGAAUGGGCAAAAGCCCUCUGCUUUACCUCGUGCGGCAAUUACCUCUGCCAGCAACUUCUUGAGAAAGGCGAAGCGGAUGACAAGAGGAAGUUUAUCCAGGAGAUCCAGGAGGAUCUGGUGCCGAUUGCGAGCGACAAAUUCGGCACUCAUGUCUUGUGCAAGGCUGUUGCAGUCAAGGAAUUAGAGGAAUCCAUUGCGGAUGCCUUGAUCAAACAUGGUAUUUUUGAGUCUUUCAAGACGGGCGCCAGGCGGCUCUGGCGAGAAUACCUUGAAAAGUGCAGACAGUGCAGAAACUUUGACAUCUUUGUCAAGAUCAACGAUGAGAUGGAAGGCAGGUGGGCAGAACUUGCUUGCGCCAAUGAGCACGGAUCGAUUGCCGUUCAGCAAGUGUUUGAAGUAUUUGGAUCUCAUGAAUUGAUGGAGCCGUGCUUCCGAGAGCUUCUCAACGAGAUUUCUCGGGUAGCCAACAAUCAAUUCGGACACUUUGUGGUGACAAAGCUCAUCGGCUACCCACCCCUCUACAGACCAGCUUGCGAUGCCAUUCUUGGUGCCUACCCUCCUGUUGCCACCUCACAUCAUGGUGUCAACUUUGCCAAGAUCGCUUUGACUGAGGGUGGCCGUGCAAGUAUCGUCAAGUAUGUCGAAGCGAUCUGCAACACGGACGACGGUAAGACCCCGGGUAUCGUCGCCAUCGCAACGUCCUCCAUCGGAAAGGCUCACCUGACUUUCGUCUUGUCCUGCUUGACCCCUGGCGAGCAUGUGCGAGUGCGACAAGUCUGCCGAGCAUUCAGUACUACCUUGCGAAACAGUCAGAGCGGGAACGACCUACUGCGAUCGCUUGGUCUCAUCCAUGCUGUCGGUGGCCGACAUCGCCACGGCAUCUAA